AUGGCCCCUGAGCACAGCGACAAGGACGAGGCGCCCAAGUCUCCGCCAGCUGCUGCUGCUACCACGCCGUCCCGUCACGGCCGCUCCAGCACCCCAGAGGCUGCCAACGUGGUCGCAUCCAACCGUGACGGAAGCUACGCGCCAGGCGCUGAGGCUCCGCUUCCCUAUGACGACAGCGCGCCUCCGCUCCCAGACGAGCCCAUUCCUGAUGCUGAAGACGAUGGCUGGGAGAGCAAGUGGGACUACAACGCCGGCGCCUGGUACUUUUACAAUCGCAAGACGGGUGUCUCGCAGUGGGAAAACCCCCGCGUACCAGAGGCUACCACGUAUACAUAUGGCUCGUACGACAGAAACCAUGCCAGCAGCUCAUCCGCCAUAGCCUCAACCGCUGGCGCGCCUGGAACUAGUUCUCCUCCUCGGCGCAAGUGGGGUGGAUACAAUCCCGCAAUUCAUGGCAGCUACGAUCCUAACGCAGACUACGCCAGGGAAGCCACCAAGGAAGAGGAGGAGGCAGAGGCGGCUGCUGCUGCCGCUGCCGCUGCCACCCUCAACGCACCAUACGGAGCGGGACAUGACUACUCAGCUACCGCUCAAUUUAACCGCUUUACUGGCAAGUUCCAACAAGCUGGCCAAGGACCGGAGCUUCACAACGACGAGAAUAAAAGCAAAAGGCAAAUGUAUGCCUUCUUCGACGUAGAUGCCGCUGCAAACAGCCACGACGGCCGCAGUCUCAAGGCAGAGCGCCGCGCAAAAACUCUCUCCAAGAAGCAACUCAAGGAAUACAACGAGAGGCGCAAGGAGAAGAAAGAAGAGAAGCGCAAAGCCUGGCUCCGCUCCGACUGA